AUGGCAAGCAGUCUUUUUGUUUUUCUCUGACUUGGCUUUGCAUCUCUCAUCUACAUCCCUGUCGGGAUUCUGCUAUUUCUCAAGGCAUCUAAAAAAGCAAUAAAAAACCGAUCAUCACAAAUGGUAAUAAUUACUCACUGAAGCAACUAUAUACAAUGUGUCAUUCUAAUUCUCACUCUUUAUGUCAGCUUUUCCAAUAUGGGACCCAAUGAAUUCGAUCACAUAUAUCGGGCUGUAGCAAUUAUUGUUCAUUAUUCAAUGUAUUUCCCCUUCUUAUUGCGCUGUUACCGAGUAUAUUUCAUAUUCAAAGUAGAUUUUAACUGAGACGAGGAAGACAAUGUUUUCAGGAAAAAUAUUCACCGCACAAGCCAGAAGUGGCUGGUAAAAGUUUACUUAUAUAUUUUGAUUGUAGUAGUGGCUGCUGCAUCUAUCAUCAGCUCUUUGGAUGUAAUCAAUGAAUAUUUCCCUAUUGCUUACUAUGAUGGGAAUUCUGAGAGCAGCCAGAGGACUGAGAUUAUAUAUUUGUUUGUGCUCUUUAUUGAAGAAAUGACGUUUGUUAUAGCAGUUUUUAACUUGAGGAAUGUAAAUGAUGAUUUUUCAAUGUCAAAAGAGCUGACUUUGAUUUGUGGAUUGUGAAUUUUAACAGGGCUGGUUUCUACAUUUGAUGACCCUUAUUGAAGAAUAGAGUCAGUGAUCAGAAACCACCUGGUCAAGCAGGGGUAGCAACCCUACACCCCCACCCCCCCUUUUUUAAUGGUAACCCCACCCCCCCUUUCACAGAUGGCACCCCCACCCCCAUCCCGCUUAAUAUAGCAUAAAAAUAUAUGAAGAAAUGCCAAUUUAGAGCAGACGUAAUAAAUAAAUUAUUAUUUUAAAUAAAUAUUCAAAAAACUGAUUUAUACAAUAUCCACAUAGCGUAGCUCAAUCGAUUAAGGAGGAGAUGGAAUGGGGUGAGAAUUUCCUAUAACUAGUAAGCUCACCAAAUCUGAAAAAAUUUGUUAGCAAGUUAAUAAUGAUCUUUGGUAUUAAUUAGCAAUAUAUCCUGCAUAUAUGUAUGAACUUUGUGGAGCAAUGGCUAAAAGUCGAAUUAGAGAUCCAAAAGUAAAACUGACAAUAGCAAAUGCUAUUUUUAUUACCACUAUGAAUCCUGUUACCAAUUCAGUCCUGCAAUCUUUGUACAAUGGUAAUCAAAUUAGCUUUAAUUUAUGAAUCCAUAAAUUUAAUGCAAGUUAUUCUAUUGUGCUUGGCUAAUUUAAUAAUUAAUGCAUUUAUCUAUAUCUUUGGCAUUAUAUUUAUAAAUAUAAAAAACAAAUUUAAUAUAUUUUCUAAUUAAUUGCUAAUUAAUUUAAAUUUAUUAAUUAAUCAUAAAUAUAAAGUAAUUUGCGGACUUAAUUUAAAAAUAUAUAGUGUUUUAAUUAGGUUAUGUUUAAUUUAUUCUGCUUAUUUCCUUCAAAUACUUCUAUAGGAUAAACCCGAGAGGAGGGGGUGGGGAUGCCAUCUGUGAAGGGGGGGUGGGUACCAUUUUUUAGGGGGUGGGGGUUCCCUUAUUCGAGGGGGGUGGGGGUGUGGGGUUGCGACCUAUGCUUGACCAACCACCUCAUUAUGGUCACAUCGUCAAUAUAUCCGCUGUGAAAAACAUAUGAAGAGCAAGCUUCUUAUGAGGAAGCACUCACAAUCGAAAUGCUGCAGUCCUUGGAGUUAAUUUUGCAAAGCAAAACUACAUUGGAAGCCUUUGAAAAAGCUCUAAAUAGCCAACAAGAUAAUGAACUUGGCAUACAAAGUGGAGAGUUUUUACAGUUAUGAAUCAAAUGUGAGCUCUACAGACAUAGCCCAGAAAAGGAGCUAGAAGGAGAAAUACGAUUUGGUGCAAGCAACCUCAAACUGUCAGGAGAAACAAUUUCGCUGAUUCAAGAAGAGGUUUUUGGGAUCCUAAACGUGAGAUAUUUCCCUAUAUUCAAGAACUCACAAAUUUAUGAAGAUUUAAUGAGAGACAUCACAAGGCAGCAAAUUUAUUAUAGUAGGAUUAUGCAGACUUCACUAUAUGGAGAUGGAGUAGUUUCAUAA